AUGCAAAGUGAAUUGGCCAUUGAAUUUCCUCAAUUAGCAACUGGUGUUUUUGCUGAUUACGGUGGCAGUUCACCUAUUAGCCAAUCACAGGUUGCUAAAAUUGAAGAAUAUGCAACAGAUUUAAGUUUAUUUUAUAAUAUUGGUGGAAAAAAGAGCAAAGCUCAACAAGAAAUCGAUGCAUUCAAGCAUGAGUUACUCCAACUUUUCCAUGUAGAUGAAAAUCAAUAUGAAAUUUUCUUUUAUAACAAUACAUCAGCAGCAAUUCGCGCUCUUGCAUAUUCAUUCCCAUUUGGUGCAGGAGGAAAGUUCAUCGAGCACGCAGAUACACAUAACUCAAUCUUAGGAAUCAGAAAAAUUGCUUUAGCUCGUGGAGCAGAAGUUCAACCUGUUGGUUCAUAUCCAAAGACAAUCGGUAAAACACACAAUCUCUUCGCUUACUCGCUUGAAAGUAACUUCAGCGGAAGAAAAUAUCCCCUUGAUUGGUGUAAUCAAUUUAUCAGCCAAAGCAAACCAGAAGAAGGAUUAUUCUGUCACGUACUUCUUGAUGCAGCUGCAUAUGUUCCUACUUGCGAUCUUGAUCUUUCAAAAUAUCCAGCCCAAUACGUUGUUUUCUCACUUUUAAAGAUGUUUGGCAGCCCAGGUGGUGUUCUUCUUGUACGUAAAGAAGCAAUGGCCUUCCUUCCUGGCCUUACUCAGUUACCUUUCGAUGAAAUAUCCGUAAUUGCCGCCAGAUCCGGUCUUGAAGUCCGCAAAUCCAUCGAAAAGACUCUUGGCAAGCCAAUAUCCAAGUAUGUCUUCGAACUUGCCAACAAUUUCGCUUCAAGAAUCAAAGAUCUCAAGCAUUAUAAUGGAAAACCAGCUUUCGAGCUUUACCCAGCCGAACGCUCCACAAAUCCAUCCGAGCAAGGUGGCAUAGUUGCAUUCAACCUCAGAAACGUCUACGGCGGACCUGUUCCUCACGAUGGAAUUUUCACUUGUGCGACUGCGAACAACAUUUUUGUCAGAUUCGGUGUUCAUUGCAAUCCAGGCGGAACUUACAUGGCAUUAGGCUGGAAACCUGCUGAUAUAUACAAAGCGACGCGUGCCCAUGAAGCCUCGUGUUCAUUGACAGCGUCAAUCAUGGAAGGAAGGCAUGUUGGCUCUGUUCGAGUUUCUUUUGGAUAUCAAUUAACGCAAAAUGACAUUGACAGAUUGGUCGAAUUCUUUGAGAGUCAUUUCGUUGAGAAAGAACCAGUUGACAUCGAGAUAUCCGAGAAAUUCCCUCUAAAGAGUAUCUACAUACAUCCUGUAAAAGGAUGCCAAGGUUUCGAAGUCAAAUUGACUCCAGAAAAUCCAAAAUGGAAAUUAGUUGCAACAGGAUUACAAUACGAUUCUUGCUGGGCAAUUGCCGAUGAAUUGUCAACUCUUUUGGAUAGAACAAGGUGUCCUUUACUCGCGAGAUUCACUACAGAAAUCUCAGACAAUACACUUAAAAUAACAAGUCCUGAUGGCCGCUCUAUUUCUGUCCCUGCAAAUGAAGCCCCAAAGGGAACAGAUUUCACUUCAUCUACUGUUUGCCAUGAGAAAAUAAGUGGUGUUAUAUAUGGACCAGAAGUUAAUGAGUGGUUCACGGAAGUAUUGGGAAGAAAAGCUAUUUUGGUUAAAGUUUCUCAGAGAGAAAUGAAUGUUUUCAGAUGUUUCUUCACUGAGUCAAUGAAAAUUGUUUCUGUAAAAGAAAUUGAACAAAUUGUUCCUCACUUCAUUUUCGAAAGCCAUAAACCAUUCGAAGAAGAUAAAUUACUAGGAAAGGAUGUUUUGUUUAGCAACUGCGAAUUCUACGUACAAAGAAGAAUCCCUGCAACAACUGAGAUGAUGAUUGACUGCCAAAAACCAGGUGAAUUACCUGAACCAUUGAAAUCUAUUUGUCUCCUCCAUUCUCCAGCCGGAGGUCCUAUAUUCGGAUUGGAAAUCAUUGGUAAAUUCAGGCCAUCUAGAAAGAAUCCAAAGGAAAUAGAAUUAGGUUCAGAACUUGUCAUAAAGAAAUAA